GAGGCAGACACAGUGACACCUACCCAAACCUGGGAGAGGCAGACACAGUGAUACCUACCCAAACCUGGGAGAGGCAGACACAGUGAUACCUACCCAAACCUGGGAGAGGCAGACACAGUGAUACCUACCCAAACCUGGGAGAGGCAGACACAGUGAUACCUACCCAAACCUGGGAGAGGCAGACACAGUGAUACCUACCCAAACCUGGAAGAGGCAGACACAGUGAUACCUACCCAAACCUGAGAGAGAAGGAGAGGCAGAUUAAGGGAUACCUACCCAAACCUGAGACACUGAAAACCAUUCACCAAAGAAUUGUGUUUUACAAAUAGAUCUUUCAAUGUUUAGUGAAUCUAGGCCCCUGAAUAUUAUCACAAAGAACACGGACUGUUAAACAACAUCCUCACUGAGUUACAGAUGCUGUCACAUCUAUGCAGUGACAGUGCAGGGUUCCUAAAAAUAAACAACCUGACACCCAGCUGAAGCAGGGAAUCCGGUUUGACAAGAAGCAGGACUGGUUAAAACGCUUAUACUGUUUAAAGCAGAGAAUGCUGACUGACACUUCAGCACCAUACUGAAGCUGCUAUUGCAGACUGGCAGUACAUAUUUGUGCCCUGAUUGGCACAUUGUGAUGUUGCUGAGGUAAAGAAUCCAGACAGGUAGGUAAAUAUUUAAGCCUUGACGCACAUACCUGGCAGAACUGGAGUAGCACCUUUUACUGGGGACAGCAACUGACAAUUGUACACUGAAUGCUAGCAGUCUUGAUGUAGCACAUAUUACUGACUGGCACGGUGUCCUACAACUGCCAGGGAGAAAGCCUCUGAUGUGACGCAAAAUGAGCUGCCAAAACUUCAACACCUUUUACUAACCAGGCACAGCAGUUGAUGUACUUUGUACCAAUUUGAUAAGGAGAUUUUCUGAUCUGGCCCUAGGUCUGUACCUUUUAACUACCUUGGAUAGUGACUGGCCCACUUAUUUCUGACUGGCAGGAGUUCAUCUGUGCCCUGAUACAGUACCGGCUAAUAACUGAUACUGGCACACCAAGACCUUGCGCUUCAUUGCUUGAUUCUUACUGGUACAUUACAAAGGAAGAUUGUCUUUUGACAUUGAGAACAGAGUGCUGAAUGGCACACCAAGUCCUGGCAAGGACAAGGAAUAGGUACUGCCAAGGCAAAUUAUUUUGACAGAUACAUCAAGUCCUGGGAAAAUCAGGGAUCCAAGCUAACAUAUCGAGACCCAGCAGAAGCAGUGAACCUUCUCAGAGGGCACACAACCCCUGUUACAAAGGGCCUCCAACCACAUACACCAUUGCUGGACACCCAGCUGGCAGACAUUCUUAGGCCCUGACUAGUAACCAAAAUCUUUAAAGAGUAUGGAUAUGGGUAAUCAACAUGCUUCAGUCACUGCCCUCCAAGAACUGCAGAGGAAGGUGAAAGACCUUGAGGAACAAGUGGCUAGCUUCAGCGGCCUACCUUGCGAUCCAGAAUACAGGAAGCUGGAGAGAGCUUUGACUAAACAGCUUUUUGAAAUAGAAUCUAUUGACACAGAGGGAAAGGGUCAAAUUCAGCAGGCCCGCAAGAGAGCUGUAGAAGAGACUGAAAGGGUUCUUAAGGAACUGGAGCAGAAUGCUAACCAUCCAUGCCGUCUGGAAAUAGAGAAUCUUCUAAAGGAAGCUCAGAGUCUAGUGAUACAAAAAAUUGGCCCCUUUUCUGGACAAGGGCAGUUAAUCACAGAGGACUUUGAAGAAGGCAUUCACAAUAUUCUCAUGAAGUUAACACUAGUGAAAACUGAAGGGAAGAUACCGCUUAGAAAAGCUCGACACCGAGCUGUUUUCAAAAUUCUGACCAUCCAUGAAAUUUUAGAAAAUUGCUUAGGGCAACAAACAUUGUCGCUCCCACUCUCCACAGACACACACCCAUCUAUUUACAAAAUUAAUGCUGUUAUGUGUGAAGUUAACAAAGUCAGAGGAAGCUUAAUAGCACUCCUAAUUGGCGUGAACAAUAGCGAGACUUACAGGCAUUUAUCUUGUGUUCUUACUGGCUUAAUUUCAGACCUGGAUGCUUUGGAUGUAUCGGGGCACACCGAAGUCAGAAACUACAGAAGGGAGGUGGUGGAAGAAAUCAACAGCUUAUUUAAGUAUUUGGACCUUGAAGAAGAAGCACAGUUUACAAAUUCAUACGACCUUACUCAAAAUCAGUCAAUUGUAAAAAUAGAAACAAUUCGUUCAAGAAUAAAAGAGAUAAAGAACAUUGUUUUGGAAAGACAUCAUAACAUGUCUGAUAUUCAUAUGGGGAUUAAAUCAGAACUGCAAGUUCUCAUUGCACAGUUGGAUGAGAUAAAUGCAGAGAAGAAUCCAUGCAUUAGGGAAGCCAGAAGACGGACUGUGGUUGAGGUGCAAGCCAUUAUUACCUAUAUUGACCUAAAAGAAGCACUUGAAAGGAGGCAGAACCUCGGUGAGCCAAUGAACUUAGAGCAUCCCUCACAUUUCGCAGUCUGGAAUGUUCUUCAAAACUUGUCAGACCUUCAGAAACAAGUCCUUUCGUUUGAUGGCAAGAGGGCUGAUAAGAAUUCCAGGAUGCUGGAGGAACUUCUCACCACACAACUGCUGUCUCUUGAUGCUAUCGAUCCUCAAGGAGAUGACCGUUCAAAAGCUGCAAGAAAACAAGCAGUGAAAUUUGCAAAUAAUAUUCUAAGUUAUUUAGACAUGAAAACAGAUGAAUGGGAAUACUAAAGCUUUGCCGGGUGGUUUGCUUUGCACUAUGUGAUGAUAUGGAAAUGGUGUAUAUUAUUUUUUGGUUUGUUCAUGUAAAUACUUGUUUGUCUCUGAGACUGUAAAAACUGAUACUCGGAA